UCCCGUGGUGCUAGAACAGUUGAAUGUGCAGCUGCAGCAGAUACGUGUCAACUUUGAGACCUACUUCUCACGUAUUUUAUAGAUACAAAUAUUCAACCGUGCUGUGAUCCGAAAACUAUAAAACUAGUGCUUGUUAUAGGGCAGCAAUUUUCCGCACAAGAGCUUGUUAUAGGGCAGCAAUUUUCCGCACAAACUAAGUAUUUUGUUGCAAAUUCCCUUCGUUGUAUUAAUUAACCUGAUUUUUGCUACUGUAUCCGAAGCGGACCGAAGAGAUUAAUAGGUUAUGUUAUUUUUUGCUUUAGAUUAAACAAUAUAUAGUAGUUGUUAAACAUGAGCAAAAGGUACAAACCUUACAGUAGGCUGGUUAAGAAUAGUGCUUAUGUUCCUUGGGAUAAAAAUUCUUCUUCAAUUGUUCCAAAAGACGUCACAGAAGGUGGGCUUCGUGCAGGAAUUUCUUAUCUUUGUAACCUCUACCAAACUCAAAAUGGAAGCUCUGAUCUGCCCAAGAUUGCAAUGAAACAUCAACUUUAUAGUGUAAUGGAUAGUCGGACAACUGUUGACCAAGGCAUUAAUAGUUUGCGUGAAAGCAGUGAUAUUAAACUUUUCAAAACAAGUCUUGGUACAGACCAGUAUUGCAUUAUGUUUACUGUGGAUUAUAUUGAACACAUUCGGUCGCUUUAUUCAAAUGAUGCACAGUCAAAUAUUGGUAGCAAAAUGAAUAAAAUUUCAAAACCCCUUCUAAAAUUUAUAACAGAAGUGGUUCCUAACUCAAGUGAUGUCAGCUUGGAUAAAACAACCCUGUUUGAAAAGUUUGGAUUUCAGGACAGUGACAUUACUGAGCUAAUCAAAGCUGGUGUACUGAAUGUAAGAGACGCUGGGAGCUGGUGGAUUGCUAUUCCCACUGCCGGACAAUUUUUAAAACUGUUAAGAAAAGGACGUCAAGCCACAUUGCAAAUAAUUAAAAGGACUAAAUAUAAAGAACUAAAUCAAGCUGAGUUGCUUAGUAGAAAACCUCCUUCAUCUAUUAAACUUGGAAUGCUUUAUCAUAUCCAUGAUUUAGUGGGGGCAGAUUUGGUCAAAUGUAUAGAAAGUACAACAGGCAUCAUUUUGAAGCCAAUUUAAAUGUUUUAAGGUUGCUGUACACAGUAUCUGACGAGUUCCGCAUGCGGCAGCAAAACCCGGACAAAAUGGACGAAUUCCGGAUACUGUGUACAGCCAACUUAACCUUGUUAUUUAAUGUUCUUGCUAUGCUAAUUGGUUUUACUUUUAAUGCAAUUGUUUGUAUUCUUAUGAGAACACUGUGUUUCAAUUGCAAUUUGUUUUUACUUCUACUUGCGUGCAAAUGCCAAAUAUUCAAAAUAUAUCUAUUCGUAUGUUGCAACUUUAUCUACAUUACAACAGUAUACAUGACAUCUUUUUUUCGUGAAUAAAAAGUAUAUAUAUAUCGG